CAUUUUGCACGCUGCAUCUUCCCGGGGUUGAUGGCCCUCUCUCCCUUGUGCUCGCGCUGUUGUCGUUGUUCCUGCGCGAAUAAUAAACUCAUGCAGAUUCGCGUCUACUGUUAGCAUGACCUCGAUGUGUGCAGUCACCCGUCCAGGACAUGAAGUUCGCAAAGGAACUGGAGGACGAAGCCGUCCCCGAAUGGAGAGUUAAGUACCUGAAUUAUAAGCAAGGGAAAAAGAAGAUCAAGGCCAUCUCCAAAGCCCUUCGAAACAUCAAUCGCACUCCGUCCACCCCUGCUCGCCCUGCGCUCGUUCCUGAGGAUUCUUCGGAGAGAAUACCAUUCACGCAUUAUGAUUUCACACGGCCCCGUCCCAAGACGUCCAAUACCACACAUUCGCUCCCCGAAAUCGAAGAGGUAGCGCCAGAAAACGAAAGAGCAGGUUCUCCGAGACCAACACUGGAACAGACCGAAAGCAGAACUUGGUUUGCUCAGUCGCCACCCAUCCUCAUCCCUGGAGGUCCCAGUCAGGACGCAAGUAAGUUACCAACGCCAGAACGGACACCACUUGCCAAUGCCCAGACGAAUCAAAACAGAUGGCAGACGAGGUAUGGGAGUAUCAUUGGUACGCCACCAGACGAUGAAGGAGAAACGCCCGGACAUUUCGCAGCCUUGGAAUUGCCUGAUCCUGCUAUAAGUCCGGUUGUUCCAGAUCGAAAUGAAACAGUGUCAGCAGAAUCAUCGGGCCAACAGGUUAUGAAACUACCAGAGGCUGCUCAGAUACCCCGCGCUCCAGAUGCGUACCAUGUCGGUGAAACCACUCCGCCAGCCAAACGAAGCCUCAGAGGCAGCAUUGCCCGGAGGAUGUUUAGGGCUGGGAAUGCAGACAAGGACACAAAAGGCCAAUCUUCUUCUCUUUCGGAGAGCCAUACUUUCCCGCGUUCGCGAAUACGAAGACUGUUUACGGCGCAAGCUCUGGACCAGCCCACAGUCAAUGAUGUUCAGCUGGAAGCAUAUAAGGAGCUCGACGCCAGACAGGGGGAGUUUUUCUUCUUCUUGGACAAAGAACUGGACAAGAUAGAGACCUUUUACCGGAUGAAGGAAGAGGAGGCUUCUGCUCGACUUCAAGUACUUCGAAAACAGCUGCAUGAAAUGCGAGACCGCCGAUUGGCGGAAAUUCUCAAAGACCAAAAACCUCAGCGUGGCACGUCUCAGGAACUACCUGACGGCGCGUAUGUAAAUGGCCCUGGCGGAAAGGAAAACGGCCAAGCAAACGAUUCUGGUCCAAAUUUUCUCAAGAAACCGAUUGAAGAUGCUCUGGGACGCCGUCAUGCUCCUGGCAAGACCAGCAAAGCCAUGCAAAAGUUAAGUUCCCCGCCUGGCCCAAAUGCCCAAAGGCGAAUCGAGGAUGCCAAACAAGAUUACGUGAGGAGGAAACCGCACGACGAUGUGCCGUACAGAUUUGCAAAGCGACGACUCAAGCUUGCUUUACAGGAAUUCUACCGCGGCCUGGAAUUACUGAAAUCUUAUGCCAUCCUGAACAGAACUGGAUUUCGGAAAAUUAACAAGAAGUACGACAAGGCUGUUCAAGCUCGACCACCACUGCGGUACAUGGCGGAGAAGGUUAACAACGCUUACUUCGUCCAAAGUGAUGUUAUCGACAAUCAUCUUGUGGCAGUUGAGGAUUUGUACUCUCGGUACUUUGAGAGAGGCAACCACAAGAUUGCAGUUCGAAAGCUGCGUUCCAAGCUAGGUGCAGGUGAUCAGUCUGGCACUACCUUUCGCAAUGGCCUGUACGUUGCAGCUGGCGUCUGCUUUGGCAUUUCCGGACUGGUCAAUGCGUCCGACCACCUGUUCGGCGCAGACCCGGUGAUCAAACUGCAGACGUCAUAUCUUUUGCAAAUAUAUGCAGGAUACUUCCUUGCGCUUCUCCUGUUCCUGUUGUUCUGUCUGGACUGCCGGAUCUGGACCCAGUCUCACAUUAAUUAUGUCUUUGUUUUCGAGUACGACACACGACAUGUUCUCGACUGGCGACAACUGUCGGAAAUACCUUGCUUCUUUCUCCUGUUGAACGGGCUGUUCCUUUACCUCAACUUUCAACUUGACGCCAGCGGCUCUUUUUACGUUUACUGGCCGGUGAUCCUAAUAUUUCUAACACUCCUCAUCAUGGUCCUUCCUUUCCGGAUUUUGUACCAUCGCGCACGGCGUUGGUGGGGCUAUUCAAACCUCCGACUUCUUCUAGCAGGCUUGUACCCUGUUGAAUUCCGCGACUUUUACCUUGGCGACAUGUACUGUUCGGAAACCUACGCCAUGGGCCAGAUCGAAGCAUUUUUCUGUCUGUAUGCCAACGGCUGGAAGGACCCUCCACAAUGCAACUCGAAUCAUUCUCGCCUGCUUGGUUUCUUCACUACCUUGCCCGCUAUUUGGCGUGCCUUGCAAUGUCUCCGGCGCUACUACGACUCACGGAAUUGGUUUCCUCAUCUCGCCAAUUUUAUGAAAUACUGCUGCAAUAUCCUAUAUUACAUGACCUUGUCAUUGUACCGGAUAGAUCGGAGCGACACGUUACACGCCGUCUUUAUCACAUUCGCUGCUAUUAACGGAGUCUACUGUGCGUUCUGGGAUGUGUAUCUCGACUUUAGUCUGGGCAACUUCUGGGCUAAGCAUUUUUUCCUCCGCGACCAGCUCGCUUAUAAGAAAGUUUGGGUGUACUACUUCGCCAUUAUUGCAGACGUGGUCCUCCGACAGCAGUGGGUAUUCUAUGCAAUCUUCACUCAGGAUCUCCAGCACUCAGCUUUGAUGUCUUUUUUCGUAAGUCUGGCCGAGGUUUUGCGCAGAGGAAUGUGGAGUUUGUUCCGUGUCGAGAACGAGCACUGUAACAAUGUCGGCAAAUUCCGUGCUUCGAGAGAUAUCCCGCUGCCAUAUGAGAUUACCGAAUCACCUGAAGUCACAGGGAAGUUGGUUUCACCAGAAGAUGCAAGAAGAGCCCCUGGCACCCCAGCAACGAUCGGACAGGCGGAUGGUCAUGUUGCUACAGGCGCAGACCUAGAGAGGCAAUCUACCCGGGACUCAUCACUACGACUACGCAAAUCGAAGACAUCUAGCGGAGGCGCACCACUUACACCUGGCAUGCAGGCUCUGCGACGAGUCGGCACUGUGAUAGCAUCAGCGCAUGCGCAAGAUUUUCAGAAACGGCGCAGACCUGAAACUGAAAGCCAAGGCCUGGUUGACGAUGAAGCCUCUUAUGCCGAAGGAGGUGCUGAUUCGGAUGAGGAGGAUGAAGAAGACGAGGAUGAUGGUGGCUAUGACGAGGUUGCCGAGCUGCGUAGGCAGCAGGCCGAGGAUAUAGAAAGUGCCAGUUCAGCUCGAGUGAGGAGGGUCGGCUAAUAUGCUCAGCUCAUAGUACGUGACAGGCUCUCGAGUGAUGGCUCAUUGGAUAGAGUGGACUUAUUGUAGAGAUUUCUAUGGUAAUGUUUUGGGUAGAAAUGAAAAACAAACAGUACGAGAGCCACCACGACCAAGGCUUACCCAUGUGGGUUGAGUUCAUUGUUUGCUGGAGUGGCACGAGUACCUACUGUAGGUUGUUGGAGCGCGGGAAAAGGACAUUGCUAGUCAGCCAUCUCACUACCGGCACUCCGUU